AUGUUGAUUAGAGUCCGACCGAAAGCACGAUCCCGCCCAACCCACAUCCCGCCCAACCCGUGCACGAUCCCGCCCAACCCCGAUAGCACGAUCCCGCCCAACCCCCGAGCAACGAUCCCGCCCAACCCCGCACGAUCCCGCCCAACCCGAGCACGAUCGAUCCCGCCCGACCCGAGCACGAUCCCGCCCAACCCCGAGCACGAUUCCCGCCCAACCCGAGCACGAUCCCGCCCAACCCCGUGCACGAUCCCGCCCAAACCCCGAGCACGAUCCCGCCCAACCCCGAGCACGAUCCCGCCCAAACCCACGCAUCCCGCCCAACCCGAGCACGAACGCCCACCCCCGUGCACGAUCCCCCCAACCCGAGCACGAUGCCCGCCCAACCCCGAGCACGAUCCCGCCCAACCCCGAGCACGAGCCCAACCCCGUGCACGAUCGAUCCCGCCCAAUCCCGUGCACGAUCCCGCCCAACCCCGUGCACGAUCCCGCCCAACCCGAGCACGAUCCCGCCCAAGCACGAUUGCACGGAUCCCCCCGAGCACGAUGCCCGCCCAACCCCCGUGCACGAUCCCGCCCAACCCCGUGCACGAUCCCCCGCCCAACCCGUGCACGAUCCCGCCCAACCCCGUGCACGAUCCCGCCCAACCCCGUGCACCGUGCCCAACCCCGUGCACGAUCCCGCCCACCCCGUGCACGGAUCCCGCCCAACCCCGUGCACGAUCCCGCCCAACCCGUGCACGAUCCUGCCCAACCCCGUGCACGAUCCCGCCCAACCCCGUGCACGAUCCUGCCCACCCCGUGCACGAUCCCGCCCAACCCCGUGCACGAUCCCGCACGAUCCCGCCAACCCGUGCCCGAUCCUGCCCAACCCGUGCACGAUCCCGCCCAACCCCGUGCACGAUCCGCCCAACCCCGAGCACGAUCCCGCCCAACCCGCCCACGAUCCCGCCCAACCCCGAGCACGAUUCCCGCCAACCCCGUACACGACCCGCCCAACCCCGUGCACGAUCCCGCCCAACCCGGCACGAUCCCGCCCAACCCCGUACACGAUCCCGCCCAACCCGUGCACGAUCCCGCCCAACCCCGUGCACGAUCCCGCCCAACCCCAUGCACGAUCCCGCCCAACCCCGUGCACGAUCCCGCCCAAACCCCGUGCAUGAUCCCGCCCAACUCGUGCACGAUCGAAGCAAAAUAUCUGGACAGCCACGCCGCCGCGGGGAUUCCCCUUGUUCGGCGAGAGCGGACACGGAGCGCUUGUGCCGAGGCUGGGGUGAAGGAGGCAGAGAAAAUGGCUUUGCGAUAUUUUGGUUGUUUUUGAUGUUUGAUGGAGAGGAGCAUGCUUUCAUGUAUGGAUUUAAUGUAUGA